UCUGAUUUCUGGUCGAUGGAUUUAUCACUGACAAUACAACAAUAUUUUAGCUAGAAAAUCAAGUAAAGCAUGGGUGACUGGAGCUUUCUAGGGCGGCUGCUGGAGAAUGCUCAAGAACACUCCACUGUGAUUGGAAAGGUUUGGUUGACUGUCCUCUUCAUCUUCCGCAUCCUGGUGCUGGGCGCAGCAGCCGAAGAGGUUUGGGGUGACGAGCAGUCCGACUUCACCUGUAACACGCAACAGCCCGGUUGCGAGAACGUCUGCUACGAUGAGGCCUUCCCCAUCUCCCACAUCCGCUUCUGGGUGCUGCAGAUCAUCUUUGUCUCCACACCCACCCUCAUCUACCUGGGCCAUGUGCUGCACAUCGUCCGCAUGGAGGAGAAGAGGAGGGAAAGGGAGGAGGAGCUCAGAAAGGCAGGGAGACACCAGGAGGACCAUGACCCUCUUUAUCACAACGGAGUUGGUGAUGGAGGAGGAGGUGGUGGGAAGAAAGAGAAGCCACCAAUCAGGGAUGAGCAUGGGAAGAUCCGCAUCCGAGGAGCAUUACUAAGGACCUACAUCUUCAACAUUAUCUUCAAGACUUUGUUUGAGGUGGGCUUCAUCCUGGGACAGUACUUCCUCUAUGGUUUCCACCUGAGGCCGCUCUAUAAAUGUGGUCGAUGGCCUUGCCCCAAUACAGUGGACUGUUUCAUCUCCAGGCCCACUGAAAAGACCAUUUUCAUCAUCUUCAUGUUGGUGGUCGCCUGUGUGUCUCUGCUCCUCAACCUGCUGGAGAUCUACCACCUGGGCUGGAAGAAGGUCAAGCAGGGAGUAACCAAUGAAUUUGCACCUGACGCUGAAUCACUGCUGUUGAGUGCAGACGAGCGUGGUGAUGCGGAGACGAUUCCUGAGCAGACGUCUCCGUCUGUGCUCGACUGUUUGCCAGUGUACACCAGCGUCAGCGUGGUGGGUGGAGGAGUAGUGGAGGGACGAGCCUACAGUCCUGCUGAGGCUUCCCCUACUGUGAUCUCCUUAAAUCCUAACAUGGCCUCUGUGCCUGCUGCCAUCAAAGCUGGAGGUGCAGCGUUCCACCCGGAUGACUUCCUGUUAGAGGCCAUUCCCGCUUCUUUUUACGAAAAUGGUGAGAAAGUCGGGAACAACGGUCAGGUGACAGCAAUGGAGCAGAACUGGAGCAACAUGGAACUGGAGCUCCAGGCUCUGGAUGGAAAAAACUCCUCCUCUUCUUGCCCUCCUCUCCCCUCUUCUCCCACUUCGAUCUCCUCCUCCCCUCAGGAGGAGAUGACCCCACCACCUUCGCAGGAGGACCAGCUCUCCUCCUUUCCCACACUCCCUCGCGACACCCCUCUUUACCCCAUCGCACCUCGAGAGGAAACAGAGGACGAGGAAAGCACCUCAGCACCGAGUGCACCCCCGUAUGACGACUUCACUGUGGUUACCAAAGCGGAGAUGCAUCAGCCUCCAGCUGCCGUGGCAACAGACAUCCGGAAGCCAAGUCGAGCCAACAAGAGCAGCGGUGUCCGAGCUCGCCCUGAUGACCUGGCAGUGUAG